AUGCAGACUUGGAGCCCACGUCAGAACGUCUCAUGCAUUCUCUGCCAAGACCCACUGGAAACGAGAGAUCACCUCUUCUUCUCAUGUAGAUACUCGGCUGAGAUUUGGAGUGCACUCAGCAAAGGUCUAUUGGGACUGCGCUACACGACGAUCUGGGCAGAUCUAGUCACCAUUAUCUCUGAUAAAAGCCAAGAUCGUAUCAGGCUUUUCCUUGCCAGAUAUGUGUUCCAAGCGACAUUACACAGCAUAUGGAGAGAGAGGAAUGCUCGAAGACAUGGAGAGCAACCAACACCUCCAAAUCAGCUAAUCAACACCAUCGAUAAAACUGUCAGGAACCGCAUUCAAACAAUUCGAAACACGAGGGAUCACAAAUACGAAGAAGCUCUCCAAACUUGGUUUGGAACCAGAUGUUAA